CCUCACACAGCUCAGCGGAAAACAUUUUGUCUGAUCGUUUGCUCGAGUCAUAUGCCCACAAUUGCUUGUUGUGUAGCUUAUUUGAAUUGAUUUUGAUAUUUUAUGAUUCAUGAACUCGCGAAGAUGAGAAUAUACUUAUUAUAAGUUUGCCAACUUUCAAGGGGAUUUUCAAGACUUUGCAGGCGAGCCUUUGUUUAUGAUCCGUUAGCCUUAUGUCAACUAACCUAAUCAUUUCUUUUUUUAAAAGAUGGAAGAACUGGAAAAUUCACUUAAGAAAUAUUUCCUUUUUCUUGGUAAGCACUGUCUACUUUGGGAAAGUGCUGCCAAGAAAGCCAGCAAGUCUUUAUGUGCCAUUGAGAAUUUAGCUGACCAACUUCAAUCAGCAUCCAGUACGGGCCCUGAUGUUCCAAUUAAUAUACAAUUCCCAGACUUGAAACAGCAGAUCAUCUAUAAAACUCUCCUGUCUUUAGAACAAGAGCUCAUUCCUAUUAUGAGUGUCAUAAAGGAGAUAAGUGAAGCCACAGACAACUUAAACAAGUUGUCAACAAUGAUUUACAAACAUGAUGUGAAUAAUUUCGCAUUUGACACAGUAUCACUUCGUGUGCUCUUGGAAAGUGUGCAUGAUACCAGACAAUACUAUCAAGCUCAAUAUGCUGGACUACAAACUGCACUAAGGUGUCUAGAUUUCAGAGACAGUAACUCAAUCUUCAAUUUGCGGAAAUGCUUAAUAGAAGACAAAGACUUGAAGAGACAUGCGGAACGUUGCCUUCUAUUUGGAAAAUAUUUUUUAUCAGCCAUGAAUGCAGAAGAAAUUUUCUGAUGUCAUAAACUUAUUAAGUCAAUCUUCCAAAAUCAGAGCUUCAAUUCAUGUUU